CGCAAGGUGUCCAAGGUUCCAGAUAAAUGCUGGCUCCUCUUCCUCUGCUUUCUAAUCUGUGGCUUCUCCAUCAGAGUCGCUUCCUUGAUAGCUUCCACAGCUACACCUCUGCGCUUUCUUUGGAGACUCGCAUCCGUUCCUCCGUUUAGGAUGACCAACCAAGCUUCCACGAAUGGUCUCAGCAGUCGCAAGCCUCACUUCAUCUUGGUCCCACUGAUAGCCCAAGGGCACAUGAUCCCCAUGGUCGACUUGGCUCGUUUACUCGCGGAACAAGGUGCCCGGGUCAGCCUCAUCACCACCCCGGUGAACGCCGCACGAAUCAAGGCCAUCGUCGACCGAGUGAAGGAAUCCGGUCUCCCGAUACACUUUGUCGAGCUCCAGUUCCCUUGUGCCGAAGCUGGCCUACCGGAUGGUUGCGAGAAUGUGGAUCUCCUCCCUUCAAACGACUACUUCAGAACAAUUUUCGAUGCCAUCCCCCGGCUCCGAGAACCUCUAGCCCGGUACCUACGAGCACAACGGCCUCGUCCAACAUGCAUGAUCGCCGACAUGUGCAACCCAUGGACGGCGGAUGUCGCUCGCGAGCUUGGGAUGCCACGGCUCAUCUUUCAUGGGCCCUCUUGCUUCUUCAUUCUAGGCGUCCAUCUCAUGGAGCAGCACGGGAUCUACGACCGCAUAACCGAUGAUUUCGAGCCCGUCCUCCUACCUGAGCUGCCGCAACCUGUCGAGGUCACCAAAGCCCAGUUACCGGGCUUCUUCUGGUCAAAAGGGUGGGAAAAGCUUCGAUCUGAGGCUUUAGAAGCGGAGUCGACGGCGGACGGGGUGGUGAUGAACACUUUUGAUGAUAUGGAGCAUUCAUAUAUCGAGCUCUACAAGAAGGUUGCAGGAAAGGAGGUAUGGACUAUCGGACCCUUAUGUCUCUACAAUAAGGAUCUUGACAACAAGGCUGCCAGAGGGAACAAGCCUGUCAUCGACCACCACCGAGUUCUAUGUUGGCUCGACUCGAGGAAGCCCAAGUCCGUGCUCUACGCUAGCUUUGGCAGCCUUCUGCGGAUGCGCCCUUGGGAGCUCAUUGAAGUAGGGUACGGUUUGGAGGCAUCCAACCAGCCCUUCAUCUGGGUGAUCAAGGAUGUGGAGAGGACGUCGGAGGUGGACAAAUGGCUGUCGGAGGGAUUCGAGGAGAGGGUAAGCACCAGGGGUCUUGUAAUUAAGGGGUGGGCGCCGCAGGUGGUCAUCCUGUCUCACCCUGCCAUCGGAGGAUUUAUGACACACUGCGGAUGGAACUCGGUGAUGGAGGCCGUGUCCGCGGGCGUGCCAAUGAUAACAUGGCCUUGUUUUUCGGACCAAUUCGUCAACGAGAAGCUGGUUGUGGAUGUGCUGGGCGUUGGCGUGGCAAUUGGGGUGAAAGUUCCCUUCUACUAUAUCAAUGAAGAUAGUCCGUCGGCAGCGAAGAGGAACGACAUAGGAAAGGCAGUCUCUAGGCUUAUGGACGAAGGGGAGGAGGGGGAAGAGAGAAGAAAGAGGGCCAGGAAGCUGGCUGAAAAGGCUGUGAGCGCAAUGGAAGGAGGAGGGUCGUCCUUAGAGAACAUAGCAUGCCUGAUUCAGUAUGCCUUGAAGCAUGGACACGACGAUUCUGAUCAAGAAGAGGAACACAGUGCGUAGAUUUGCUCGUCAAAGGGGAACGUUGAAUGUAUCGAAAAUAUGUAAUGGUUCGCACAGCAAACUGAUGCUGGGCAGCUGACAAGAACCCUCCUCUUGGCACCUCGAGCGACUGCCAAUGUAAAACCUAAUCUACAAAUCAUUGCUGAUGAUGUCAAAUGUUCACAUGGAGCUGCUAUCAGUGACCUUGAAGAAGACCAACUCUUCUAUUUCCGGGCAAGGGGUGUGGAUCUACAAACAGCAAGAGAUGCUCUGGUCUUCUCCUUUGGAGCCGAGGUGGUGGCUCGCAUUCCAUCUGCACCCAUUCGGAAAAGUGUAACCAGUCAACUUAAAGAAUUCCUAGCAAAUCAAUGAAUAAAAUAUCGAACCAGCGAUUGCUGAUGAUGUCAAAUGCGAUGAAGCAUUGUGGAUCAAUUGUUUUGAUUAAUAGAAAAAGAUGUGCUUGGUCCAA